GCUCACACCCACGGCGAACUGACGCGACUGACGUCUUUUGCAUUUAUCAUCGCAACCUCGGUGUUUCUAGCCCGGCCUUGUUUUUGGGCUCUCGAGAGCUGGUGUCAGCUUUCGAGUGUCCAUCGACAACGAGCAGGCGUACUCGUCAUGUCGCGAAGGCAGUCGUGCGAGGGAACCAAGGCGUCGCGGGUGAACCGCGCAGCCGGGAGCGACAACGACGACAUGCUCAGCGCCUCAUGUUCCUCGGCUAACGCUCCCCUAGGAGCAAGAGGCAGAGGGCACUUUGGCGCGGGCGAGAAGCGCAAGAAACGCUUGUCCGAGGAUCAAUCGAAUCAGCGCAAGAAGCGCAUCGUUGAAUCGUAUUCCGGGGGUGACAACGAUAGUGAUACCCCAGUCAUUGGCAGGGGACGCUCUAGAAACGUCAAGGGCAAAAUCAGGGCACAGGCUGGGCAAGUGGACAGCAGUCAAGAAGAGGCUGAUGAGCUAGAGCCAGGUCUGUCGGAAGAUGCUUCGAUGGCACAUCGGCAGCGUGAAAACGAAAAGGCGAAGAAGCUGCGCCUCAUCGAUGAUCACUGGCCAGUCUGCUCAAAAUGCAAUGUCGCUCCCACUCUUAAAGAACUUCGAAAGAUCAACAAGAUUAAAUCACCCAAGAAGAAGCGAAAAAGCAGAGGUGGCGAUGCAUCCGUUUGGUACGGUACAGACCGCCUCAAACGACCCGCCGACGGCUAUGCCGAGACCUCUACGGAUGACGACAAGUCUUCCAAAGCGGAGAUGAGGGCAGACAUUGAGCGAAAAGGAGGCUGGCUACGAUGCACCGACUGCACCGCACCGCUCCACUGGGACUGUCUACAAGGAAGGCGCAAGAAGACCAUCCUGGCAGAUCUCAACGCCAAUCUCCCAACCGGGUUCAAGCCAGUCAGGGAGAUCGCGAGCAAUGUCGAGCGAGAAGAUAUUCCCUGUGAAUCCUGUUACACCAAGCCCGCCAUGUGCUACAUGUGUGGCCUUGACACUGUCGGUAGGACAGAGGAGGAGGCGAUGGAAAGAUGGGGUCAAGAGGACGAGGACAAUGUUUCUGCACUGGGAGACUAUGCGAGACCCGUCUUCAGGUGUCUCCGAUGCUUGAGAACGGCGCACUACGAAUGCCUGGUGGAAGGCGAAGAGGACGAGCAUGGAGCAGCAUACAAGGUGCAACAUAAAUACGGCUGGCAAUGCUUGGACUGUCACAAAUGGGCGGCAGUCGACGAGAUCAUCGCUUGGCGCUACGUGCUGGGGGAGAGCCGGACGGAACGAAGCAGUGGCAGUCUGUGGAGCAGAGCGGUGUCUCUGAAAGGUAAGGAGGCUAAAGGUGAGCAAGAUGAGGAGCUCGGCGACUUGGGUCGAAGGGAGUAUUUGGUCAAGUUUGAGCGACAGUCCUUCCGCAAGCUCGCUUGGGUGCCGCAUGCGUGGCUGUCUUGCACCAGUCUGAAGCUCAAGCAUUUUCUGCAACAUGGCACUCGGCUCGAGCUGGAGCCUUUGGAAGACAAUCGUCAACGCGUGCAGCUGACUACUCAGGCCAUCAAGGACGCGAACGCGAUGGACGAGGCGGCUAUUCUGAAGCAAACAAUGAAUGCGGCGGAAGAGGAGGCAGACGUCCUCCUCAUGCUCCGCGGUCCACCAGCAGAGGAUGUGCAUGCUGUAGAGCGCAUCCCUAAAGCGUGGCUCUUACCAGAGCGGAUGCUGGACGUAUAUUUCCACCCGUCCAUCUUGGAAGGCAGUGAGGAGACAGAAGCGGCGGUCAGGAACACCGAAUUCAAAAAGAAGAAAAAGCUCCUCAAAGGCGAUGGUGGCGCGCCUCCGAUUGACAUCACCGGCCUCAUCUACAUCGACGAAUUGGAGGGCACUGUUCACACUAUCCCUACCAGUGCGGCACAGUCUUUCGAGCACAUCUCUCAUGCGCUCAUCAAGUGGGGUGACCAAGGGUACGAAAAAUGCACCUGGCAGGACUUAUCCGAUAUGCAGCAAGAAGACAAGGAAUUCAAGAUGGCGUGCGUACGAUCUUUCGAGCGCUACCUGAACGGUCGUGACGUCCUCGUACGAAAACCCACUGCGCAGGAUGAAAUCAAGCGUGAGCAAAGGACUCAGGCGCCUUUCACUCCGAUUAAGUCACAGCCAAGGUGGCUGGAAGGCGGAAGACUGCUGGAUUUUCAGAUGGAGGGCCUGAAUUGGCUGCGGUACGGCUGGCACCACCAGCAACCGGGCAUCCUGGCUGAUGAGAUGGGUCUUGGCAAGACCGUCCAGAUCAUAUCAUUCAUCGGGUCGCUAUACUAUCGCGAAGAGCUUAGCCCUUUUCUUAUCGUCGUUCCGAACAGCACGCUGCCCAACUGGGUCAGAGAGUUCGAGAAAUGGCUGCCCGCACUGCAAGUCGUGCCAUACUACGGCGGCGAGGAGUGUCGGAAGGUCAUCGAACGAUACGAGCUGUUUCACAGCAGCCCGCCACCUGCAGAGUACCAACCGCUGAAGGCAGAUGUUGUCAUUGUGGGCGACACCACUAUGCGGAGUGAUCCUGGGCCCAUUCAUAAAGUCCAUAGCUGGGAGGUGCUGGUUGUCGACGAAGGGCACAACCUCAAGAGCGGAUCCAGCAAUCAACUGCACAAGCGCCUCAGCACCCUUGACACACAUCAUCGACUUUUGUUGACGGGGACGCCGUUGAACAACAACGUUGGCGAGCUCUUCAAUCUGCUCAGAUUUUUAUCCUCAGACAAGUGGCAGGAUAUUGAGGAGCUCAAGGCCAAAUACGAAGUUCUUACUCCUGAGCUUAUCGAGGAGCUGCAGCCGCGUCUAAAGCCAUUCUUCCUCCGACGAGUCAAGUCAGAGGUGUUGUCACUGCCUUCAAAGAUGGAGUUGAUCGUGCGCACGUCGCUGAGACCGCUUCAAAAGAAGAUAUACAAGUCAAUCCUCGAAGGCAACGUCAAGGACAUCCACGCACUCACAGCAGCCGCACAAACUGCACCAGGAAAAAAGAGAAAGAAGGUUACGCCUGGCAUUCUGAACAUUCUGAUGCAGCUUCGCAAGUGUUGCCAACAUGCAUAUCUGAUCAAUCCGCAGCUUGCCGACCUGGACGACCGAUACCUCAGCAGGAAGCAGAAGCUGAGCAGAUUGAUUGAUGCUAGCGGGAAGCUCGCUUUUCUAAAGCUUCUUCUGCCAAAGCUGAAGGCGCGUGGCCAUCGCGUUCUGCUUUUCAGUCAGUUUGUUAUCAAUCUCGAGCUUGUCGAGGACUUUAUCGUCGAGAUGGGCUAUCGAUAUCUGCGCUUGGAUGGUGUUACGGGCCUGAAGCACAGGCAAAAGGGUAUCGAUGCCUUCAACGCGCCGGAUUCGCCGUACUUCAUCUACUUGCUUUCGACCAGAGCCGGCGGCGUGGGCAUCAACCUGACAAGCGCAGACACAGUUAUCAUAUUUGAUCCUGAUUUCAACCCACAUGUGGAUCUGCAAGCGAUCGCGCGUGCCCAUCGCAUUGGACAGAUGAAGAACGUCCUCUGCCUUACGCUGGUGUCCAAGGCGACGGUGGAAGAAAAGAUCGUCGAAAACGCCAAGCUAAAACUGCUUUUGGAUCACCUGGUCGUGCAGAAUUUGGAGAACGAGGAGAGCAGACCAGACGUGUUGGAAUCGACUCUCAAGUUCGGUGCGCAAGCACUUUUCGAGGAGAACGGCGUCGAGGAAAAUGACAAGGAUAUCAAGUUCAGCGACGAGGACAUUGAAGCCAUCCUUUGUCGUCGUCAAGGGGAGGAAGGGCCCAAGAACAUCGCCACGGCAAGUCAGAGCAAGGAUACGCUGGGCAGCAAUUUUUUUUUCGCUCGCAUGUGGGAACAAGAGGAGUCGCCAGAGGGGCUUGCUGCCGAUAAGCACACGCACGGGGAAGAUGAAAGCUUUUGGGCAAAUCUGUUGCAGCAGCAGAGUGAGGAAUCGGCGAAGUUGAAUUUAGAAAAACAGGCUCAGUUGUUGGGUCCGCGAAAGCGCAAUCAACUUUUCGCAAACCUCAACGAGAAUCUAGUAUUAAGGGCUCGGACAUCGGGCGACGAUUCCAGCGAAAGCAUGGCGAUGCGCAAGAAGUCGGCCAAGAAUGGUAGGGAUGAACAGGAGUUCGUCCCGCGAGACUCUCCAUUCGACAAGGAAGGCGAGCCAACUACCACGAACGGUGCUCAAGGCAGAGCGCAGAUGCCUGCCUCCCCUCAGUCAACAAAGGCAGCCGCUUCUCUUUCUGCAAUAGCUGCUCAACGUACGUUAAAGCCGUCGGGUCCAAAUUCGUCGUCCAAUGACUCAAGUGCGGGCGCGUCAAAGUCUGCACCUCCUCGACCGCCCGUGAGGCCGGCCUCUACGACAAGCGCUGCCUAUGCAGAAGCUCCGACUUCUCUCGCCGUUGCAGGGACGCCGGCGAUGCGAGAAAGGCUGAGGAAUAACGUCAAAGACGAUGGAAUCUCGACGUGGCCGCCUCAAAUCCUCCGGGUUGGUUUGUUAAUGGGAAUGAGCAAAGAGCGACUUGAAAAGCUUCAAGGCUGGGCGCAAAACGGUGUUGCCCUUCCGCCUGUUGUCCCGUACAAAGAACGACCGUCUCUGACGGUGCCGCAGCUGAAGUAUUUUGCGGCACAUAUGAGCUUCCCAGAAGCUGCCCUAUCACAAAUCUUCGGAGUCGUGCAGGAACAUCAGCUGCCACUGCAUCUGCGCAACUUGCCCAAUUUUGGCCUAGAUCAGCUCGAUUUGCAACUGAUCUCUAACCACGCAUGGGGCGUCGCAUAUCAUGCUUUCAUCCGAAGCGUAGAAGCGUACCGAGCGUCAAACUUGCAAUCACAGGCUCUAAACGAAGCCCAAGCUGUAAGCCCAAUUCAAGCCCAAGCUCAAGUCCUAGCACAUGUAGCAAGUCAAACACGUCCGAGACCACCAGCACCGCCGCGACAAACUAUCGUGUCCAGCCAGGCCGCUUCUGGAAAGGCACAGGAUCCGCAGACGCUGUUGCGGACGGCACCGAGAUCAACCCCAAGGCUGCAUUCAGGGCCAUCCCCACACUCGUCCACAGCACAGCGCGCAUCACUGUCGCCAACAGUGACAAGUGCAGCAGCAGUGACCACAACUUCGCCGGCCACGCCCACGCCAGAAGCCGCUGAAGCAGUAGUUGAGGCACCGAUCCUGUCGAUCCAUCUUAGUCCCCUCAACCUCUUGCGGUGGAAGGCGGGAAUUGACAUUUUGAACAUUCCUCGGCUUACCCGUGCUGCGGAGGUGGCGAUUCAAGAGCAGAGUCCCCAAAGAAGGGCGAGUAUGAUUGCCAAGAUUGAAGAGAGUAUACAAGCCUUGACAAAGCCCAGCACGAUGUCGAGAGGCGGUCUGACGAUCAAUGGCGCUGUAGGGUUUCCGAAGACUGCUUCCACGAGUUUUCCUGAGGCCGAAUUGACGCCUUUGGGCGUGUCGGACAGUUCCCGCUUGAGUCCUCAAACCCCCCAUAGGGGUGUUCAAGGCUUCAAUGCAGCUCCAGCGAAUCCGUCCCCAUUGGUAUCGGCCUCGCCACAGGCAAUAUCUGCUGUUGCCUUGGGAAAAUUGAAUGGGCACAGCACCAGCGUGGGCACUCGGCCACCGAAUGCUGGCCUUCGGCACAAACCCAGACUCAACGUAAGCGUGGCCGAUCUCGUGAAUAGACCCAACCAAGGCGCGCGUCCGCCGCCUAUUUCCUAUACGAUCCAACGGCAACAGCAGCAGCAUCAUCUGCCCGUUUUGACCAAUCAGCCACAGCCACGGCUCCUUUACGCGAGUGACUCGCCCGACUUCAUGAGAGCAGCACCUCGGCCGGCGCCAGGGCCAGCGCGGUCGGCAGGCUGUGCGCCACCUUCGCCUCAGGACCAGGUACAGGUGGCAUGUGAUCAGAUGAAGCAGAAUGGCUAUGUAUUACAGCCGGGGCCCGUCCCGCCCGGUGGAAAUCAGAUAUGAAG